AUGUCUAUCUGUGGAGGUCUAACCGAGGUCAAGGAUGCGACGCCGGAAAUCCAAACUAUGUGCGAUGGGGUGAAAGCCGAUGUUGAAGAGAAAGCAGGAAAGGAGUAUGAGAUCUACACUGCCAAGAAGUACAAGAGCCAAAUAGUGUCAGGGACCAAUUACUUCAUCAAGGUUCAUGUUGGAGGAGACGACUAUAUUCACAUCACGAUUAACAAACAUGGCUACAGGAUGAGGCUGGUCGGUGUCCAAACCAACAAAACUGAAUCUGAUGAGAUUGUCUACAUUUAA